CCUCCCAUUCUAACCACGCAUGCCCGGCUCUGGGAGCAUGCAGCGCGGCGAUCGGCGGUGCUCUGUCAGCGCCACCUGCCAGUGUCCAUCAGUGUCAGCUCUCAGUGCUCAUCCAUGCCACCUGCCAGUGCCCAUCAGUGCCACAUCAGUGCCACAUUUCAGUUCCCAUCAGUGCCACAUCAAUGCCACAUAUCAGUGCCCAUCUGAGCUGCCUUUCAGUGUCACCCAUCAGUGCCAGUCAGUGCCACCUAUCAGUGCUGCCAAUCAGUGCCGCCUAUCAGUGUGCAUCAGUGCCGCCUAUCAGUGCCUGUCAGUGCUACCUAUCAGUGCCACCUAUCAUUGCCACCUAACAGUGCCAGUCAGUGCCGCCUAUCAGUGCCAGUCAGUGCCGCCUAUC